UGGUUGUGUUCAAAUAAAAUGUAUAGUUUAUUAUAAGUAGGUAUUAUUACCACAUAAUAGAUUACUCUAUGAUCCCCAUACACUAUACAGUACACGAAAAGCCAUCACUGCUAUCAGUUAUUAACUAUUAUAAAUGAUCGGUUAUAUUAUUUGUUAAUUAAAUAUCAGGUAUUAAAUUCUUCAUAACUUUGCUGAAUUCCGUUUAUAAAAAAAAUUAAAAUGCCUCAAAAACGGAAUGUACCGGCGCCGAUGAAAGGUAUUUUGGACAUCGACUCAAAACUUACUUCAGUCAUCUGUAAUACAGUUUCCAAGUUUUUGCCUGUUCGUACUUUUACCACUUAUUACAAAGGAUUAGAGUAUUCAUGUCAUGGAAUUAUAUGGCUCGCCUGUUGGUUGACUUUCAUUUGGUUUGCUUGGUCAAGAUCUUUAUUUCAAAUGCAAGUCAACUUUCUUAUUGGAUUAUUCAUUGAUAUAAUUGCGGUCGCCAUUAUCAAAGCAUUUGUUCGUCGCCGUCGACCUGUAGGCAACAAGAAUGAUCAAUGGGUCACAAUUGGCCCUGAUGUCUACUCUUUUCCGUCAGGACAUGUGUCAAGAGCAUUUUUCAUAUUGUUUUAUUUUUUUAAAUUGUAUCCGUUAAAUGAAUUUAUAGUAUUGUGUUUAUGUGUUUGGGCAGUAGCUGUGGCUUUUAGUCGAAUACUUUUAAGACGCCAUCAUUUAUUAGAUGUCAUAGCUGGCAGUAUAUUAGGAUAUUUUAUAUCAUUAAUUGUAUCUUUAAUUUGGAUCGACCAAAGUACAGCCGAGUAUGUGGUUUCAUAUGUGUCAGAUGAUAAACUAGAAGGUGGAGAGUAUCACGUGUAAAUUUUUACCAAACAUUUAUGAAUAAUAUAAUAUAUGUAAAAUCAAGAAAUAUAUUGUACAUUUUUAAUAGACUGAGAAGCUGUUGAAUAUUUAUUAAAAUGCAUACCCAUGUUAAUUAAUGUA